GGACAACGCGCCAGUCGUCCAUUCGACAUGACCGCAUACGCGUUUUAUUGCUCUCGUCGAACCUUCGUCGUCGUCGCCGUUCCGCUCACGUUCAGCCGCCGCUGCCAAUAACUCGCCGCCGGCACGUUUCGUGUUUUUGUUCGGUGCACACAGUAGUCACCCAAAACCGUGGAAACUUUUUGCAUGCUGUAACGUCACACUCCGUUUUAUCCACACAAGGAAUCCAAAAUGGGGUUCGGUUCUAAAGAUGAAUGGUGUGGAACCAUUGUCAAGUACAGCAUGUUUUUGUCAAAUUUUAUCAUAUUCAUUGGAGGAAUCGUAUUGGUGGCCAUAUCAGUGUAUACACUGUACGAUAAGUCGUUCAUCAAAGAGCUCUUGGGCACAAACUUAUUCACAGGAGCAGUGUACAUAUUAAUCGUAGCAGGUAUCCUAUUAUCACUUUUGUCAUUCCUGGGAUGCGCAGGUGCUGUCAAAGAAGUCAAGUGCAUGUUACUAACGUAUUUCAUAAUUCUGUUCAUUAUAUUCAUUGUGAUGCUCGUUGGAGGGAUAUUAUGUUAUAUGUUCCGACAAAGAGUGCAGACAACUAUGCAGCAAGAGAUGCUCAGGACCAUAAGGUUUUACGGCGAUGACCGGGCCAUAACUAGAGCAUGGGACGACCUUCAGGAAGGACUACACUGUUGUGGCGUUACGGGCUACGAUGACUGGAGACAGCACAGAAUCGGCGGAAUCAUUCCAAGCAGCUGCUGUCAAGAGAUCAACGGAAAAAAACAACCGUGCAAUUUGAGUUACCAAGCGAGCCAACAGAUAUACAGUACUGGCUGUCUGAACGUGACAACUGCUUUCAUGAAAGACCAUGCAACUACCGUUGGAACCGUUGGUAUAGCUGUGUCACUCUUUCUAUUAUUUGGAUUGGCAUUUUCGUGUGCACUGUUCAUGAUGAUUGUUUAGAGUCAUAACUGACAUUUACAGAUAAAGAGAUCGUUGUUUUGGAAAACCAUUUUGAAAUAGUUAUUUAAGUAGGGAGAAAAAAAGGUCAUAUAAAUUAUUUUUAACAAGUUUGCCAUAAGAACCAAAUCACCGUCAUUGACUGCCAGUCAACAGUAUAAUAUAUAUAUUAAACACUAUGUAUAUUCAUAAUACCAUUGGAUGUGAGUCGAUGACAAAAUUAAAAUAUUUCAACAAUUUGAUAUGUAUAAAGUAUAGAUAAUUAGUUACUUACAUAAUAUUAUAUACUAUUUAGUUAGUUAGUUAAUUAAGUUUUGUUAACAAGUAAAAAAAAAAAACAAUGGGUAGAUGACGCAAAUGGUUUUUAUACCUAUGUAUAAUAUACGCACGUUAUAGACGUACGUAGAAUUCUUUUUUGGGGUAUCUAUUCAAAACGCCACCGCACCUAGGACGUUUUUAAGCCUUUAAAGUUUUUAAAAUUUUGGUAAAAAAAAAAUAUACGUAGAUAAAUUUUUUAAUGUAAUUAAAAAAUUUAGCUUUUUACUUUACUUAAUAAAAGUUAAAACCUUAAACCACACUAAAAUAAAAUAAUUUUAAUGUUAUAAUAUGAUUUAACAUACUUGAUUAUAAGUAACCGUGUGUUGUUUUAAAAUAAUAGUUACCUAUUGGAGAAUGAUAAUAGUGGAUAAUACUAUAUACCCAACAGUAAUAACUAAAAUCACGUCAAGCUAUAUUCGUAAGCAAUCUUGGAGAAUAAUAAUAUAAUAUGUUGGUAAGACAAAUUUUCAAAUUUAAAAACAAACUACUUUCCUAUUUUCACAUAUUAAGACACAUAAAUACGAUAUCAGUCAUACAUUCACUUACUACGUCUAAACCACACAGUAGGAAUAUGUGUUUUGCAAUUCUUAUUUCUUAUGAAAUGUUACAAAUCAUUAGGUAGUAAUCAGUAGGUACUUGGUACUACCACUACUAAUUACUACUCACUUGGUAAUCGCUAAAUUUCACUUCUUUUACGUAUUUCAGUCUUUAUAGUUUAUUUCUUCAUUCGCGUUGGCUUAGAAAUUUCAAAUUCUACCCUAUCUGUGGUAGAUUUUCAUUUUUUUCGUCUACAUUAACAAUUUAUAUCAUGAUGUAUAUUGUAUAAAAAUAUAUAGAAAUAGAUAUCAUACAUUUUCCAGUUGCCACGUCUUGCCCGUUAAAAUUAGAUAGGUACGUGGGUAUCUUUGAAUUUUUAAUCACAUAGGUAAUAUUAAUUAUUAUUAAAUUAUUAAUUUAUUUUCACUUUAAGUAAUACAUUUCUGGUAGCAUUAUUAUUAUUAUGCAAGAUAUGUACCUACCAUAAUAUUUUAUUUUAAUAAUAUAACUUGCAUUUGACGUUUAUACUCAUAGUAUUUUUAUUAUUUUAUAUAUAUUUAUAUGUAUAAAAUAAUUUCGUACUUCUUGUUUUUAAUUUUAUUAAUUACCUAUUUAUUAAUAAAUCUAUUAUAAAUUAUAUAAAUUAUUAUAUUAUAUACCUGUUAAGAAAGAUAUAUAGCCUUAAACUAUAUGCAUGUAUUUGUAAAUAUAAAUGCCCAUUUGAUGGAAUUGUAUUCGGUCAAUAUUUUUGUGUAAUUUAAAUAUCUUUAACAUCCACACGGAACAAAACUACCUAUAUAUAUUUCAUCGGUGCGGUAAACGUAAAUAUAAUUUAUUAAUAUACCUAACGCACAACAGAUUGUAAUCGUCAAUAUAAUAUCGAUAUCGGUACACUAUAUUUAGUAUUUACCAUCAUUUAAGUACGAAUAAGGUACCUAUUUAAAAUAAUAUUAUUAUUCAUUCUUGUGAUCUGUAAAAUAUUAUUUAUUAGUUAUAACUUAUAUGACGUUAAUUUGAAAUAAAUUAUAAAUAUAUACAUUCAUAUGUACAAAACAUACAAAAUA